AUGGAGUCCAUCACCACAUCUAUGGAUUCCAUCAAGCGGGUAGCAGAGGGUUUAGCAUCUCUGCUUGCCCUUUUCUUCAUCUGUAAAAUUUGGCAAAAGAGGAAAAGGGAAGGAAGAUGCCGACUAUCGGAACCCAAUGGUUCUUGGCCAAUAGUCGGACACCUCGACCUGCUGACUGGAACCACACCUCUCUAUAGAACUAUCGCUGCUCUUUCAGAGAAGCACGGGCCUCUCUUCAGUCUCCAACUGGGACAAAUGCAUGCCAUUGUGGUGAGCAGCAUGGACCUCGCCAAGGAGUGCUUCACUGUCAAUGACCGAGCAUUUGCCGGUCGGCCACAGCUAGAAGGUUGGAAACACCUUGCCUACGAUCAUGCCAUGUUCUCAUUCAGCCCAUACGGACCUUACUUUUGUGAACUCCACAAGAUCGUCGCCACCGAGCAGCUGUCAAGCCAGCAAUUUGAGCUGCUCAAGCACAUCCGGGUAGACGAGGUGGGCUUCUUGAUGCGGCGCCUGUACGGCAGUUGCAGAAACCAUGAGCCGGUAGAGAUGAAGCAGCAUUUGACCUGCAUGGCCUUGAACAUCAUCCUUAGGAUGAUCCCCGGAAAAUGGUACUUUGAUUUGGACGGUGAAGGAAAAGAUUUAGUGAAGCUCUGGAUGAGUUUGCCAAUCUAG